AUGGCUAUGGCGCCGAGCUCGCCCCGGCUGCCCAGUCCGCCGCCGCCAGCUGAGAUCCAAUUAGGUCCCAGGUCUCCUUCGAUGGGCGCGCAAUCGAAUCGCGAGGCCUCGCCGAUGGAGCAGUCUCUCAUCGAAGCCAACUCGAGGCGUCGCAUACACUCGGGCACCAAGGCUGCCGACAUGGCUGCUGGACCGCCGCUAAUCCCCCUGAACGAGCUCGACUCGGCCUUCCAGCUCCAGGAGCAUCUCGCCGCCCUCCACUACCACCAUACCAAGAGCAACAGCAUCCCGAUAACCCGCACGACCGCAAUCCAGCUCGCGACGCCUCCGCCGGGCAUCGACCGCACCCUCUGGCUCUACGAACUGUGCCGGUUCCUGAUCUCGCAGUGCAACACCCUCAUCGUCGGCUUCCUCUUUGAUUCCCCCCCUUGCAGCGCCGCGACGUGUCCCGAGAUGCGUGCCUCUGAGUGGCAGUUUCUCUGCGCCGUCCACGAACAGCCCAAGAGCUGCUGCGCUAUCGACUACUGCUGCCACACCCUCGACUGGGCCGCCAACAUCGUCACGGACCCAAAAAUCUUCCCCUCGCGCUUCGUCGUCCUCUCCGACGUCCACAACAAGGGCGUCGCCGUCAAGAACCUAGUUAACGUCUUCCGCCGCCUGCACCGCAUCUUCGCGCACGCCUGGUUCCAGCACCGCGCCGUCUUCUGGACCAUCGAGGGCCAGACCGGGCUGUACGUCUUCUUCAAGACCGUCUGCGACAUGUACGACCUCCUCCCCGCCGAGAACUACAAGCUCCCACCCGAGGCCGAGGGACUGGAGACGGCGACGGCGGUGCCUGACGCCAACGGCGGCGAUAAGAAGCAGCUUCCCAUGUCCAUUGUGAAGCCUACCCACCGCGAGAGCCUCGCUCAAGGCGAGGACGACAACUUCCAGCCUGUUGGCCGUACUGCUACGAGACGGCACGUCAGGGCAAGCCCGUCUGUUGGAAGUGCUGUAACGACGGUGGUGGAGGCUGACGAAGAAGACAAUGUCGUAACGAAUAAAUUGCGGGAGAUGAGAAUCUCUGCCCCUGAGACCCUUGAGGAGGAGCCCGAAGUGGCGGACGUACCGGUGAUUGUCGAAAAGGAAAUCACGGAGGAUGCAUCUCCCACGGAAGAAAAGGAGCCCGCGGCGGCUGAGCCUCAAGUAGUUGAAGCCGACCACCCUGACACAGAAUCCGACGCGGAUACCACGAUAGUUCUGAACGACGAUGAGCCCAGCAUCGCCUCCAUAGAAGAUGAGGCGGAUGAGACCCUGGUGUCAUUCGAGUCUGAGGAUAAACCCACUUCGGGGAGGGAAGGAGCAGAGGGGGCCGACAAGACUGACGACGCAGAAGACAAGACAGCAGGCGACAUCCCAGCUUCGGCUGAAGCAGAGCUUGACGAGAACGCAGACGUCAGCACUCAUGAUUUUGCUCAGGAAUCAUCCGCCAAAGCAGUUCAGGCUACAACAGACGCUGCAGACACCGACAGCAAGGCCCAAGAACCCGAUAAAGAGGAAGGGGAGCCCAAACAUGUUGCAAAGGAGGAAGAGGAUAACAAGGAUACAUGA